UCACUUCCUGAAUCAGGGUUAGCUUGCGUCUGCGUCUUUGAAAGUAGCAUGUUGAGAGAAGCCGACGGCUACACGCAGGCAGCUGGAGGUGACUUUUCUGAGUAGCCGCAGUUAAAGGGGACUUUUGGUGAGAGUCGCCUCGACAACAUGGAUUACUGGAGUGCCUUGGAGGUGUACAAGGAGAUGGUGCUGCUGUACCUGGAGGAGGGCAGGCGGCAGAUCAACUCGCACUGUGCUCACCUGGAGCCGUGGCAGAUCAUCGCAGCAACAGUCCUCACCACGCUGGGAACCAUCUGGGUCAAAGGCUUCCUGUUCCAGCCAGAAAGCCUCACGUCCCGAAUGAAGAAGCAGUUCUUUCGACUCAUCAGAAAAAUACCCUUUGUUGGCACAAAAAUCCAGAGUCAGCUGAACAAGGCUUUGGAUGACAUGUCUGCUAGUCUGUGCACUCUGAAGGACGGUAUGAGCUACACUAAGCGUCUGCCCCCUAAAGGCCUUUCUCACAACCAGGUGCUAGAGAAAAUCAAAGAGUACAAGACACUGAAUGAUGUGAAGUGGGAGAAAGGCUGUGUGUCCGGCGCCGUGUACUGGGGCGAUGAAACGCUGACAAAGCUCCUAGUGAAGGUGUAUGGAGAUUUCGCCUGGAGCAACCCCCUUCACCCAGACAUUUUCCCUGGCGUGAGGAAGAUGGAGGCCGAGGUCGUACGAAUGGCCUGCACGCUCUUCCACGGGGGACCCAACUCCUGUGGCACAGUUACCUCGGGUGGAACCGAGAGCAUCCUCAUGGCCUGUAAAGCGUACAGAGACCUGGCAUAUGAACGGGGCAUUAAACACCCUGAAAUCAUUGCACCGGUGAGCGUCCAUGCCGCUUUCGACAAAGCAGCCCAUUACUUUGGAAUGAAACUGGUUCACGUUCCUCUGGACAAGAAAACUAUGAAAGUGGAUGUGAAGGCCAUGAAGAGAGCCAUCGGAGGGAACACAGCCAUGCUCGUGUGCUCCAUGCCUCAGUUUCCUCAUGGAAUCAUGGAUCCCGUGGAGGAAGUGGCCAAGCUGGCCGUGCGCUACAACAUCCCGCUGCACGUGGACGCCUGUCUGGGAGGCUUCCUGGUGGUUUUCAUGGACAAGGCUGGUUUCCCAUUAGCACCAUUCGACUUCAGGGUAAAAGGUGUUACCAGCAUCUCUGCAGACACCCAUAAGUACGGAUACGCGCCCAAAGGCUCUUCAGUGAUCCUGUACAGUGAUAAGAAGUAUCGUCACUACCAGUACUUCGUAGCUCCAGACUGGCAGGGUGGAAUCUACGCCUCACCCUCUAUAGCCGGCUCCAGGCCCGGAGGAAUCAUCGCCGCCUGCUGGGCAACCAUGGUCUACAUGGGAGAGAGCGGCUACGUGGAUGCCACCAGGAAGAUCAUCAGCACUGCGCGCAAAAUCAAAACAGAAAUCCGCAAGAUAAAGGGGGUGUUUGUGUUUGGAGAUCCGGAGGUGUCAGUGGUGGCGAUAGGCUCAAAUGAUUUUGAUAUCUUCCGUCUGUCGAAUGCGCUGUCGUCAAAAGGCUGGAAUCUGAACACGCUGCAGUAUCCAUCCAGCAUCCACAUCUGUUGCACAGUGCUGCACACCCAGCCAGGUGUGGCCGAACAGUUUAUUCGCGAUGUCAAGGAGCAGGUUGGCAUCAUCAUGAAAAACCCCAAAGAGAAGACCACAGGCAUGGGUGCUAUUUAUGGCAUGGCCCAGGCCAUCCCAGACAGAUCCAUGGUGACGGAGGUCUCCCAAGGCUUCCUCGACUGCCUCUACAACACCGAGGUGAAGACAAACAUCAACCACAUGAAUGGUAACGGCAAAGCCCACUAAAUGGGAGCGAGGCCUCCGGGCCUCGACCCGACUGCAUGCAGGGAAACGCGCUCGGCUCCUUCCAGAGCCCCGAGUUCAUCGCUCAACGGUUGCCUUACCUCUGUAGCAACGUAUGGGAAACAUCUGCUAAGCUCUUUGAAGCACAAAGCCAUUGUAAUUUGAAUCAGCCCAGAGGAGAAGUGACUGCUUUCAAACCAGUUUGAUUUUGUUUGUGUGUGUGUGUGUGUUAUUUUAUUUGUUGUAAAUUUUCAUUUCAAUUUCAACUUUGCUAAACUAGUGAUAACCUCUGAUGCUGAUUUCACAACAAAUCCAUUAAGUUUUUGUUUUAAAUGCCGGAACAUUUCAGUUUGGGAGCGUGUGAUGACUCAAUGUAAAAAAAGAACCAGAGCACUGAAACUUGAAGCACUGUGCUGCCCUCUAGCAUGAAGCCUGGCGCACUGCUCCACACUGGUUCAUUAACGGAGGCCUGUUGAAAGUGGACGUUUCCACACAGAAUAACAAAAUAUCAUUCCUCCACGUAGUACAGACCUAGAGAACUAAUAAUAAUAGUUUUAGGCGACCAAAACUGACAAUUUAAAUCAAAAAUUUUCAAGCAUUAAGUAAGAUUGAGCUACUUGCUACUGAACCACUAUCAGCAUCGUGUUGCAGGACCUGACGAUUUAGUGUAGUUUCCUUAAAUCAGCAUUUAGAAUUGCACGGCAUAGGCAGCCAGUCGCACUAUUAAGUCGUUUUUUAAAAUUAUUAUGAUUAAUCAUAUUAUCUAACACGGUUCUGUGUAAAACUGUCCUUUCAUUGUGAAAGCCCUGCGAUGCCCUGAAAAGAACAGUGAUCUCUCACGUGAAUCUACAGCUCUGAUGUACUGGUCUGCAGCGUCUGUGCUCGUCAGCACUUCCAGUAGCACGAUGACAGUCGUUUGGUUGGGUCCAUCUGCAGUUGGAUUUGUAGGCACAGGUAGAAGAAUUUGGAGCUUUUGUUGUUAGUCAUGUUCAAUGAAUGCUUCUAAACUGAGGGGGGAGGGGAGAAGCUGCAGCCACGGCAGGAAUAGGAGCUCCACUUCUGCAGACUGCAUGGAGUCGCCUGUGGACCAUCUUCUUUUAACGUUUUGUCUCCUAAUUCAAUCUACCUCAAUUCCAACUCUGUGCAGAUGUCGCGUAUCAAGUCACGGAAACGGUCCAAAGGGGUUUCUCACGAUUUCUCAUUUCCAUUUCAAACAUUAAUUUCACAGUUUAAGGGCAUUCGACAAAUUGUACUGACGUGUUCAUAGAUGUACAGACACUGAAGGCUGUGAUGGAGACUCAGUGCAGGGAAUGUUAUCAUGGGAGAAAUGCACCCUGUGCUCCAUCUGAUUGUGGUUCUAUAUAUUUUUUUUUUAACAAGGCUGUUCCUCUGGAUAUGCACGCACUUACUAACAGGUUAUAACGAUGCAUACUGUAACACCAAAAUGAUCUGUGCUCUCCUUCUUUCAUGUGAUUUCCUAAUAAUGUUAUAAUUGUGGAUUUCCAUGUUUGUGCAAUAUGUAACUUGUCUUCUUAUGAAUGUAAUGAAGUGAAACCAAGGGAAACGCUCAUUUGCUUGUUGAUGUGUGAGGCGUUUGAAGACCACUGGGUGUUUAAUCAGUUAUUCGUAAGUUUGUUUUGUGUUUCCAGCAACUUUUUUUUAAACACACUGAGCAGUUUAAACUUAUUAAUGUAUUUACGUUCUUGCACAUGUAGGAUAUUUCUGUACUUUAGCCAGUGCCUACAAGAUUCACCGCAGACAGGAUGUAACGUCUUCAUUAACAACCUCAUACAAUAAGGUCUCUCCUUUUUUAAAAUACAGUCAACCAGACACUCUUGCCUGUGCACAACAAAGACCUUUUCAUGUGACUCGUUCUGUUUGCUGUGGAGAAAUGUCCUCCACAGUUGGGAUGAUUCUGUGGGUAAGAAAUGUCUUUGGAAUAAAACUGUUUAAUUCAAACUCCAGUAACUAAGUGAAUGACAUUGUAACAGCUCUAAGGACCUGUUUUGGUUUGGUUGUAGCAAUAAGGAGUGUUUUCCUCUGUGCCUUCAGAGGUUUGAAUUCGUGACUUCUCAGCGUCGAACAUCCUCAGGGAUUUGACCUCAGAACAGCAACAUUCAGUAACUGGGUGAAACAAGCAUCACUCGCAGUUGAGGGCUACAACCUGUAACGUGUGUGUCUGUGUGUCACAACAGUUUCUGAGGCUCAUGGAUGCUAUAGCAACUCUCAUUAACCCUCAAAGCUCAUAGUUGAGUCCAGCAGAUUGUCAAUGGUACAGUUUUGUGUUUUCAAUAAAAUUCAUUCAGUCCAUUCAUCA